AGCUGGAAUUGGAGCAACUGCUGGAUGAUUUGAAAGGAUGAUAUCGCUGCUAUAUUGUAGUUAUAGUAGGAUCGACAAGAAUCAUGAUAGUUAUGUUGAUGUUGUGACACAAUGGGUUUUAUUAGGAACUUGGAUUGGAUGACUUGGACACCAGUUUGCGUCGAUUUUCUUGCUUCAGCGUACUAAAAAUGAGAGGUGUAUUUUCGGCUAAAACGGCUUUGUUUCUCCGCUUACUGCAAUCUUAGUGCUCACGGUUCCUAUCUCUGCUCUGCAUCCACCAAAGUCUUCUUCUUGUCGUUGCCCCUGCCUAUUGUUCAGUGGAAGUGGAAUAUCCAUAACCUUUGGUACUUUGGUUGCACACGACACUUUUUAUUGCAUUCUUCUACGACAAAGCUUCAUGAACACACUUUUUUUAUUAGCCGGUUCAAGAAGAUGAAGUUGUUUAUCGCCUUCCCCAUCUCAGCACCUCUGCAGCACAUCUACCUGCACGUUAGUCUCCUUCUUUUCAUUGAGAAAUUUGGCUGCAUCUGACCAUGUUAGAGUGUCAUCAUCAUCAUCAUCUGCAGUGCUUCUAUCAUAGUAAGGCCUUAUCUUGUUAGUUCUCCACUUGCUGAUUGCUGAUUGAAGAAGGUGAAGCUGUUGCCCUAUUGGUGUUCCCUUCUCUCGAGUCUGAUUAUCGGUUGGUAAUUGAAAGUUGAGAGCAUCCAUGGUAGUAAUUUUAGAGUGCAGUUAGUGUGGUUGGUUAAUCUACCGAGUUGCAGUGAAUUGUGGAGUCCUUCACACCCAUCAUUCAUCACCAUCUUAGACUCGUCACUGAAAUCGUCUGGUUGUGCUUCGACCUGCCCACACACGGCUAGGCUAUAUAGGAUACCAAGUAUUUUACCAUAAUAUGUCUCAUCAGGUAAUGCUGCUUGCCUACUUUGUCAAGGUUGACAUGAUAAAUCUGUGUCCUGCAUCAAGUCAUUGUUUUCCAUUUUUUUUUUUUUUUUAACUUUUUUUUUCUCGUUGAAAUUUCCUUUUUUUAUUUUAUGUCGGAUGACUGUUGUAAAUUGAUGAUCGGAUUGAGAUUGAGUGGAUAAAAUAUCCUGAAAGUUUGAAUUUUGAAUCAUAAUCUGUUUAGAUGGGAAUUAGUGAAAGAAAACAUUGAGAUAUUAGUGGAUGUUGCAAAUAAUUACGAAUUAUAUUUUUAUUAUUUUCAUGGAAUAUCCCGUUGCAACAACAGCUAUUUCUUGAUCUCGUUCAAAAACUUCGGAUGGAUGCAAAGCAAUGGAUCCAAAUAUGCCUUAGGAAGAGGUCAUCGUAAGUUCUAUCGCAACGACUAGAAACACGUGAAUAACUAACGCUAAGUAGUAGUGUAACUGUCACGCUAAAAAUAUUUCUCUUCCCAAAGGGUCUUUGGUUCCCUUGGAUUUUGUGUUUGUUUUUCUGAGUUAGUUUCUUUGCCUUCUUACUUCUUAUGUUUGUCUCCGUUCUCCCAUUGUCCUCUACUUCUUUGGACAUUUCAGUAAAUUAAGAGUGCACUAGCAACUUUAUUUACAUGAUCUGCUUUGGAUCUUCAUCCCAAAUUAAGAAAAUGAGAAGCAACAGCUAGACUUCUCCCGUUGCAAUCGAGAAUAAAACUCGAUUUUUUAUCCUACGUUUUGUAUCACAGCACCACUCAAUACUUCCAUAUAUACUGAAGAGGAAGCAGUUCAGAGUAUCGAAACGGAGGGAAUGGAGAUCCCAAGAUUUUCCGAGAUGAAUCUGUGGUUUCGUGACACCAUUGGCGUAAUCGGAUCGGCCGCGAAAAUCCCACUUCGAAAUCCCAGUUUCAUAACAUUCGUGCUGGUUACCUCCUUUCCACUAUUUUGUACGACUUUAGUACCAAGAUUGCCUUCUAACCAGCCUUCUUUGAUCCUGGAGAAGGCAGCAAUUCAGCUAAGAGUUCUUACUCACCACCCCAAAGGCCACAUGAUUCAAUUUCUGCGAGUGUACCUUUUUGAACUUGUUAAUUUCUUCACCGCACUCACAACUAUAUAUGCUGCUUCAACAGUCUACAUUAGUAGUGAUAGGUGGAAGGUGAGUCUCCGAGAUCUUCUUCGAAACUCAAUAACCAAAACAAGGUGGCGCGAGCCCAUGUUUACAUUCUUGACUGUGUCCCUCUUGUCACACAUUUGUUUAAGUUCGGUUUACUAUUGGCAUCAUCACGCGAAGCCAUUACUUUCGUCAAGCUGCUCAAACAGGUUACUGCAGGCUGUAAACAUGGUAGUUCCUGUUGUGGCCUUUGAUAAAUGGGUAGAGUACGGCGCUUGGUGGAAUCUGAGUGUUGUGGUUUCCAUUUUAGAGAAAGAUAACAGAGGUUUCGAAGCCUUUUCAGAUGCAGCGGAGUUGAGCGAAGGAAAUACAAGAAGAGGGUUCGUUUUGAUGCUUUUGUAUUCUGUUUGGAGCUUCCGUUUUCCAACCCUCAUUGCAAAAUGCACUUUUCCAAAUGUAAUGGCAUAUGAUGUUCUUGACACAAGCUUCCUGUGCUUGGGGAAGGUUAUGAAUUGGGUGGUUCUCACGGUUUAUUACUACGAUUGUAAGAACCGUCACAAAGGGUUGCCAUAAAUUCCAAGGAUUCAACACCAAGAUCUCGUAGAGUAAAAUCACUGUGUAGGGAAGAUGAUAACUGUAGCGAACGUGUACCAUUGUCAACUGGAAUAUUACUAAAACCUAUACCGGGCUACCCUAUAACUUGAAGAGGAAGGAGUACCAUAAUUGCGAGAAUUGCAGCAGAGAUCGACGAAGGUUGCCCUAGCUAGAAGAAAAUAGAGGAUACGAAGUUGUCGAUAGAAGAAGAUUUAUGUAAAUUAUGUAUUUGUCAAAGCAGCUGCCCUUAAAUUGUAUAAUUUACAGUUCUUAUGUAUUUCAACUUGUCCUGUACUUUGU